AUGGAGGACUCAACAGAGGUGCGGACGGAUGGAAACUCCUUGCUUAAAGCUGUAUAUCUGUUCCGCCUGAGGCUGACACGCCUGCUUCUGGAAGGUGGGGCUUACAUUAAUGAGAGCAAUGAGAGAGGAGAAACACCACUGAUGGUGGCCUGCAAGAGCCACCAUGCCGAUACUCAGAGCGUGCCAAAGCCCAAGAUCAUCAGGUAUCUUCUUGAAAAUGGUGCAGACCCCAACAUUCAGGACAAGUCUGGUAAAACAGCCCUAAUGCAUGCCUGCAUAGACAGGGCUGGGGAAGAAGUGCUGUCCCUUCUGCUCUCCAGUGGAGCAGACCCAAGUUUGGAGGACCACACUGGAUCCUCUGCUCUGGUCUAUGCAGUUAAUGCUGGAGAUAAGGAUGCACUAAGAGUACUACUGGAUGCCUGCAAGGCCAAAGGCAAAGAAGUCAUCAUCAUUACAACAGAUAAACUACCCUCUGGAAGACAAAUGACCAAGCAGUAUCUGAACGUACCUCCUCCUCCAAAUAUUGAGGACCGAUUGCACUGUGCCCCUGCAUCAUAUAUGUCUCCAUCUGAAAUUAAAAUCUGUACACCUCAUAUUUUACCACCAACCAACAACCAGUCUGAGAUUCUGGGCUCCACUUCAACAUUGUCUGCAUCUAAGCCAGGAUCAUCAACUCAAGAUUCAAGCCCUUUGCAGGCAGCUAGUGUGGCUAAGUUGCUGCAUCUACAGAGGCUCCACUCAGAGCCCUGGCUAAAAAUCCCUCCAUCUGUGCUCCUACAGCAAAGCAAGUCUUCAUCCUUGACAGAGGAGCUUCUGGAUAUCACCCCUGUGGAGGAGCUCUCUUUUGGGUACAAUGGUUGUCCACCUCUACAGAGAACAAUGGUUGCUCGGCAUCAAAGCAUUGAUGUCAAAGACUCUACUGGACUGCUUAGAGCCUUAGAGAAAGCUGCUGAGAGUGAAAGAGAACUAACAAAAGACCAGAAAUGGCUGUAUAGAAAAAUGUCCUAUGAUGGCGAGUUACUACCACACUCCUCGCAGCAGAACCUCAAGCAGGCAUCCAUUUCAGACACUGCCUCUGUGGACAGAGACUCAAACUAUCUUCCCAAUUUGGCUGUUUCAAGCCUCUGCAACGUGGUCCGCCGCCGCAACAUUGGAAUGGACCACUACAGCUCUGACUCUCAGUUGCCUCAAUUUGGGAGUCAACUCUCUGAAGACCAAGGGAAAGCUGGAGGAGGAAUUGGGGGAACAGAGAAACGCAAGCUUGUCACCAGCCAUUCCUCCACACUCUCUGGAUCCAGAGAGUCUUUGGAGAGUCUUGUGCAGAGGAGGAGUCCUGCAAUGCUGGAACGGAGGGGAUCUGGAGCCCUUCUCCUUGACCAUAUUUCACAAACCAGGCCUGGUUAUCUUCCACCUCUCAAUCCACAUGCACCCAUACCAGAUAUAAAAGUCAAUACCAGUAUCAGCCUUAACAGUGGAAGUAAGCCUUUGGUAGGAACAGCACAGACUAUUCCAGCGUCAAGGCAUUAUGUGCCCUGUGCUCCGAGCCAUCCCAGAGACCACAAGAACAAGAUGACUCUGCUAAGACGACACUCCAUGCAAACUGAGCAGAUCAAGCAGCUUGUCAACUUUGAAGAGAUCUUUGGACAGUAAAGAACACAGAAGUAGUUUAAGGUAAAUAUAGAAAUAUAAAGAAACAUUCUAUUGUCAUAAAAGGGACACAUUUGAUCAUUAAAUUUUAGAUUUAAACAGUAAUAAUAACAAAUAUCUCAAAUACUGCCCUAAAUGC